GCUGCCCACCGCCGCGGGGCUGAGAGGACGGCCCGCAGCUUGGCGGGCGAGCGAGGCGGCCCGUCGGGGAUCGAGGCCCAGGCGCCCAGCCCGCCGCGCGUCGCUCCCGCUCUUUCGCGUUGCGGACCCCGCGGGAAUCGCAGCGGGGAGUGGCCCAGGGAGAUCGCCGACGCCGCGGCAGGAAAGUAAACAGACUUAACUGAGGAUGUCUGAAAACCUUGACAAGUCCCAUGUAGGCGAAGCAGGAGAGUCAAAGUCGGCUGCCUCUGAGCAAGGCCGGGAAGGUGCUCUGGGGUGCUCUGAUGAAACCUUACAGAAAAAAGUGACGUCGGACUCACCUAGUGCCCAAAGAGUGGGAAGACCUCACUCUGGUCCUCCUCGGCUUGUCACUGUAGAGGAACUUCUAGAAACAGCGAAAGGAGUCACCAACAUGGCUCUAGCCCAUGAAAUUGUAGUCAAUGGAGACUUCCGGAUUAACGCUGUUGAAUUAGCCGAAGGCAGCUUGGAGAAGAGAGUAAAGGAGAUUGUACAUAAAGCAUUCUGGGAUUGUUUGAGUGUCCAGCUCAGUGAAGACCCCCCAACAUACGACCAUGCCAUCAAACUUGUAGGAGAGAUCAAAGAGACUCUGUUAUCUUUCUUGCUGCCUGGUCACACUAGACUAAGAAACCAGAUAACAGAAGUCUUGGAUCUGGAGCUGAUAAAACAAGAAGCAGAAAAUGGGGCCCUAGACAUUUCCAAGCUGGCAGAAUUCAUUAUUGGCAUGAUGGGGAUAUUGUGUGCACCUGCUCGAGAUGAGGAGGUUAAAAAACUAAAGGACAUUCAGGAAAUAGUGCCUCUUUUCAGGGCAAUAUUUUCUGUGUUGGACCUAAUGAAAGUGGACAUGGCCAACUUUGCUGUCAGUAGCAUUAGGCCACACCUCAUGCAACAGUCAGUCGAAUAUGAGAGGAAAAAGUUUCAGGAAGUGUUGGAGAAGCAGCCGAACUCCCUGGAUUUUGUCACCCAGUGGCUGGAGGAGGCCUCAAAUGACUUGUUGACUCAGAAGUACAAACAUGCCCUGCCAGCUGGAGGGGAUGCUGCUGGCUCUGGGGACGCUCCACUGCUGACCCCUGUUUCUGUCCAGAAUUAUGCCUACCUGAAGCUUCUGAAGUGGGACCACUUCCAGAGACCUUUCCCUGAGACAGUUUUGAUGGACCAGUCUCGUUUCCAAGAGCUCCAGCUGCAGCUGGAGCAGCUGGCCAUCCUGGGAGCUGUGCUGCUGGUCACAUUCAGUACCGCUGCACCUGGAAUUUCUGGGCAUGCUGACUUUGCUGAGAAGCUCAAGAUGGUGGUGAAGAUUCUGCUGACAGACAUGCAUUUGCCAUCCUUCCAUCUGGAAGACGCCCUGACUUCCAUUGGGGAGAAAGUGUGCCUGGAGGUGAGCAGCUGCCUCUCCCUGUGUGGAGCCUCCCCGUUCUCCAUCCAUAAGGAGACUGUGCUCAAGGGCCAGAUUCAGGCCCUCGCCAGUCCUGACGACCCCAUUCGCAGGAUCAUGGAGUCCCGAAUUUUGACCUUCUUGGAGACAUACCUUGCCUCUGGUCAUCAGAAGCUCUUGCCUACAGUGCCUGGCGGACUGGGUCCCAUUCAGAAAGAGCUGGAAGAAGUUGCUGUGAAGUUUGUGCGCCUGGUCAACUAUAACAAGAUGGUGUUCUGCCCUUACUACGAUGCAAUACUCAGUAAGCUCCUCCUCCGCUCCUGAGUGCGCAGCUGCCACUGCCCGUGGUCGGCUCAGACCCGCUUCGCAGUGCGUGGAGAAUGGAUGUGGUACAUUCCUGUUUAAUAGCGCUGGUUCCAUGGGGACUGAAGAAUGCACUGAAUUCUGUUUUGAGGACUGUAUUUACGAGUGCAAGUUUACAAACCUAAGAAGAUUUUGUUCUCUUGAGUCUAUAGGAGCACAGAGCUUUCAACAAUUGGCCGCCUUUGUCUCUGCUCCUGCUUCAUCAGGUUGGAGGAGCGCCUCUCCCAAGAAACCUGAGACAGUUGUCUCUUUCUCAGAUGCUCUGUGCUCACAGUCAUAAGCCAAGACUUGUCCUCCUGUCCCAUUUACAGCCUUCCUCCCACUGUUCCUGUGGGUGCUUUCUGACAGGGCUGUCUAUGGUCUUACAGUGUCCUAGCUGGCUCCUUCCCACUCUGUCCAUUUAUUGCUUCUUGGGUCUGGCCUAACAGUGUUCCAGAGUCCCUUUGUUCUACAGCAGAGUUGCUUAAUAAUUUAUAUUAUUAUUGAAACAGCAUCUCUAUAUAUUCUCCCCUUGCUGAUGUGGAACUUGCUUAUGUAAAAUAGGCUGUCCCCAGACUUUGAUCCGUCUUCCUGCCUCUGCCUCACAAAUGCUAGGAUUACAGGCUUUGCUACCAUACCCAAUGGGUAGAACUUGAUUUUUAAAAGCUUGUUUUGUUAGCAUGGGAUGUAGUAAAGUGGCCAGUGAUUGCCCACACAAGGCCCUGAGAUUGAUCUCUCCCAUCUAAACAAUGAGAGAUGUACAUGCACACACACACGUGCCUAGUAUUGAGAAGCCAUAAGCCCCUGGAGCUUCAGUUACUUUUAAAAGAUAGAACUGUUUAUGCCUAGGAACUCGGGAACAGCUUAGGUAACAGAGACUUCAACUUAACCAGAACAGAGUCAGGUAUGGUGGCGCACACCUUUAGUCCCAAUACUUGGAAAGCAGAGG